AUGGCACUGAAGAUGCUGAAAGCAGCCAGUUGCUCUGUGAAGGCAAUUUCCCAACCUACCACUCUUGGCCAUUUUUGGAAAAUUUUUCCUGGCCCUGAGCUCCCCUUUAAGCACUUGUGUUCGUAUUGCACAGUUCCUCUAUCAUGCACGCCUGAUAGGCAGCAUAUGGUGACUAUGAUUCCUGGAGAUGGCAUUGGGCCUGAACUUAUGCUACAUGUCAAGACUGUGUUCCAACAUGCUUGUGUGCCUCUGAAUUUUGAGGAGUUUCAAGUGACUGCCAGAUCUUCUGAGGAAGAUGUUCACAAAGCCAUUAUGUCAGUUCGUAAAAACCACGUGGCUUUGAAGGGUAACACUGAAACGGAUUACAGCCUGCCAUUUUCGCACACAUCCCGCAACAACAUGCUCCGUGCCACCCUAGAUCUCUACGCCAGUGUCAUCCAUUUCAAGAAUCUGCCAUAUGUGGAGACUCGGCACAAGGAUGUAGACAUCAUAGUUGUUCAGGAAAACACAGAGGGCGAGUACAGCAACCUGGAGCACGAGAGUGUGAAGGGAGUGAUAGAGAGCCGGAAGAUUAUUACCAAGGCUAAGUCUUUGCGCAUUGCCGAGCAUGCCUUCCAGCUAGCCUACAAGAUGGGGCGUAAGAAAGUGACAGCUGUGCACAAGGCCAACAUCAUGAAACCAGGAGAUGGACUCUUCCUCAGAUGCUGUGAGGAAGCGGCUUCCCACUGUCCUCACCUCGCCUUACAAAGCGUGGUUGUGGACAAUGCUACAGUGCAGUUGGUGUCCCGGCCCCAACAGUUUGAUGUCAUGGUGAUGCCCAAUCUCUAUGGCAACAUUAUCGGUAAUAUCUGCACGGGGUUGGUUGGAGGAGCAGGCGUUGUACCUGGAGCCAACUAUGGUAAUUUAUAGGCAGUGUUUGAGGCAGCUUCAAGGCAAUCAGGCAGGAUUUUAGCACAUAAGAAUAUAGCCAACCCCACAGCCAUGCUGCUGGCAAGUUGCAGCAUGCUGGAUUACCUCAAACUCCACGCCCAUGCCCUUCGCAUUCGUGCUGCCAUACUGGAUUCCUUAAAAAACAAACAUAUCCACACACCAGACAUGGGAGGCCAGGGCACCACAUUGGGCUUCAUUCAGUAUGUCAGGGACCACAUUCAAGACAGCAGUUAA